CGUGCCAACCGCGCUCCUACUUCCUUUUAGACAAACACAGCCACGGCGCACUACGGCUGCUUUCAAGGCGGAGUCAUCGCUUUCCAGGUCCCGAUUCUUCUGUUUCAGAAGAGCCAGCCAGGGCAGUGAAGAAGCAACUAGAACAAAGAUGACCGGUCGUAAGCUGCUGGUCAAGGACCGCUACAGAACUUUCGAAGACAAGCUGGUUACAUUUGCUGCAGAAGUUCCGGGAAGAGUGUUGUGUGCCUUGUGCGGAAAUAUUUCCUCAGAGCUUCUGGCUGACCCCGAGGAUCACUUGUACUGUCGGCCAUGCUUGGGAAUGCUGGACAAUGACGGACUGAUUGACUGUUGCGUUGACAGUGCGACGCACAGGAUUGAAGACAUGGAACACAGGAGCGAGAGAUUCAUGGAAGCUUUGGAGUUGUCGGCCAUGUGCCCAAAUGAAACUUGCAGCUAUCAGGCGACACUUCGAGAGGUGAUGGGUCACUACAAAAAUUGCAAAGUUAAGACGGUGAAGUGCCCGCUAUGUAAGCAAGAGGUCAGUACCAAGCUGCUGCAUCCGCACAUAUCCAACGUAUGCGAAGAAAGACUUCUCUGCUGCCCCUUCUGCAGUCAGGAGGUAGCGGCCCGUCAACUGGAGACUCACAUGGAAGACUGUGAUCAAAGGCCGGCGACUUGUGAUCAUUGUGAGACGGAAUUUGAUACAUUUGCAGAGCUGAGGGACAUUCACUUGGCAGUUUGCCCUUCAAAACCUGCGAAGUGCCGCUACGCUCAACUGGGAUGCCGUUUCCAGGCCUGUAACCAGGAGAUGGAAAAACAUGUCGGCUCGUGUCAAUACGUGACGUCACUCAUCGACCGAGUUCUCACUCUCGAAGCGAAGGUGCAGGAAUUGGGAACGGAGAAUGAGCAGCUGAGGCAGCUGAUUGCGGAAAAGGAGGAGGUAUACAAGAAAAAGGAUGACUACUUCCAAAGAAAUGUGCAAGAAGACCUGGAAGAGCUGCGUGCAGAAAUUGUGAUUGUGCAGAACAGAACGAUGCAGAACGAUCCGAUGACUGAGAAGAGACUUCGGGAGCUUGAAGAGAAGCACGCCCUCCUUGAAACGCCGCUAGAGAAGCUCUUGGUGGAAAUUGCAAAGGCAAAAUAAGUGGCCAGUGUUGCGCUAAAGACACGGUAAUCACCCAGUGUGGUGACUAUAAAGUUACGCUCGUUUGUUUUUACAAUGAAUGCCAUUUACGCCGGUCUGUUUUAUUAUUUCUGUAUUGCUCGACCCCAUAAGCAUUGAAGAACAUGUUCAUGAGCUGUCUCUUUUCUGAAUAAAUUGUGUUCUGUGAA